AUGACUAGCGAGCGGAACAUACCACACUUGAGGGACAUAUUCGGCGGCGUCGAUGACACCGAUGGUCUGCCGAACGAGUUGCGACGCUUGGACGUGAAGGGCGACGACCGAAACUCGUUGGGUGGCGUUAGCGCGGGUGGCACCGAUAGCGCCAUAUCGGUAGGUUCGGCUAGCGAGGAGGACUUGUUGCCGGUCAAGGGGUCCAAGAAAAAACGGCACAAGGGCGGCGGCAGUCGACAGACCAAGUGCGCGGCUACGUUCGAGGACGACGUGAAGCACCUGGAACGGCACCUGUCGAUGAAGAAAACCAUUAGGAAGAAAAUCAUGCGAGACUUGCAACAGGCGUUUGUCGAGGACCCGGACGAGUUCAAGGUGGAAGACAUACCGCCGGAGCAGCUGAAGGCAGAGCUGAACUCCAGAAGUCUAAGUUUCGGCAUGCCCGGCAAGAAAAAAGGUAAAAUGAAAUCUGAAUCGAAUUUCCUGGACUUUUUACGUGGCGGCAACGACUCGACGAUGACUGGCCGUCGUUACAAUGCGGACGAAAGCGAUUCUGGACACGGGUCACCGACCAGAGAAUUGGACGAUGACGAACCGUCGAUACGGAAGCCAAGCUUUUGGAGACGUUUUACCACGAAGGGCGCGAGGAACAAGCGGUAGGCGCGAAUACCGUUCGAGCGCAUAAGUAACACUGUGAUCCUUAAAAGUUAAAACCUAUUAUUAUUAAUAUUAUUAUUUUAUAAUUUUAUCACGUAAAAUUUAUUGUAUGUGCGUAUGCGGCCUAUUUUCGUCUUGUCAUCCUGACUCUAUUAUCUUCAAUAAUCCGAUGUACAGUCGCUGAUGUGACUUAUCCUGAAUCCAAAACAAGCGUCUAUUACACUAAUGAUAACGAACCCUCUAUGAUUUUUCUUUUGAUUAUUACAAGUACAGAUUUACCAUUUGAAUUUUUUAUUAUAAUGAUAUCCUAUGUGAUGUAUUUUGAUAUAAAAUAUUUUAUGCAAUGUGCAAUGUAUGUGUGUAUCAUACUAUCGUGUAUUUAUGUAUCUUUCAUUAUAGGUACUAAAUAAAAAUGUCAUAUUUAAUAAAAAAAUUGUACAUUUUUUU